ACCGCGUGCACAUGGGCCGCAAGCCUGGCUACUUCUCCUUCCUGGACCCCUUCUCCCCUGCUGUGUGGCUCUUCAUGCUUCUGGCCUACCUGGCUGUCAGCUGCGUCCUGUUCCUGGCCGCCAGGCUGAGCCCCUACGAGUGGUAUAACCCGCACCCGUGCCUGCGGGCACGUCCCCACAUCCUGGAGAAUCAGUACACGCUGGGCAACAGCCUCUGGUUCCCCGUGGGGGGCUUCAUGCAGCAGGGCUCGGAGAUCAUGCCCCGGGCGCUGUCCACACGCUGCGUCAGCGGAGUCUGGUGGGCCUUCACCUUGAUCAUCAUCUCCUCCUACACGGCCAACCUGGCUGCCUUCCUCACCGUGCAGCGCAUGGAGGUGCCUGUGGAGUCGGCCGACGACCUGGCGGACCAGACCAACAUUGAGUAUGGCACCAUCCACGCUGGCUCCACCAUGACCUUCUUUCAGAAUUCACGGUACCAGACGUACCAGCGUAUGUGGAACUACAUGCAGUCGAAGCAGCCCAGCGUGUUUGUCAAGAGCACAGAGGAGGGCAUCGCCCGUGUCCUCAACUCCCGCUAUGCCUUCCUGCUCGAGUCCACCAUGAAUGAGUACCACCGGCGCCUCAACUGCAACCUCACCCAGAUCGGGGGCCUCCUCGACACCAAGGGCUACGGCAUCGGCAUGCCGCUGGGCUCCCCGUUCCGGGAUGAGAUCACACUGGCCAUUCUGCAGCUUCAGGAGAACAACCGGCUGGAGAUCCUGAAGCGCAAGUGGUGGGAGGGGAGCCGGUGCCCCAAGGAAGAGGACCAUCGAGCUAAAGGCUUGGGCAUGGAGAACAUCGGUGGCAUUUUUGUCGUGCUCAUCUGUGGCCUCAUCAUUGCUGUCUUCGUGGCAGUCAUGGAAUUCAUAUGGUCCACGCGGAGGUCGGCAGAGUCAGAAGAGGUGUCGGUGUGCCAGGAGAUGCUGCAGGAGCUGCGGCACGCGGUGUCCUGCCGCAAGACGUCGCGUUCUCGCCGGCGCCGGCGCCCGGGAGGCCCAAGCCGGGCCCUGCUGUCUCUACGCGCCGUCCGCGAGAUGCGCCUCAGCAACGGCAAGCUCUACUCCGCCGGCGCGGGCGGGGAUGCGGGCAGCGCGCACGGGGGCCCCCAGCGCCUCCUGGACGAUCCGGGGCCGCCCGGCGGGGCCCGGCCCCCCGCCCCCACCCCUUGCACCCACGUGCGUGUCUGUCAGGAGUGCCGGCGCAUCCAGGCGCUGCGGGCCUCCGGAGCCGGCGCGCCCCCGCGUGGCCUCGGCGCCCCCGCUGAAGCCACCAGCCCGCCCCGGUCCCGGCCCGGCCCCGCCGGCCCCCGCGAGCUGACCGAGCACGAGUGAUCACGGGCGGGGCCGGGCGGGCGCCCGGACUGACCGCAGGGACUGGGCUCGCCCCAGGCCCCGGCCGCCCUCGCUUCCCUGGUGGGCGAGGGACGGGACUUGUGCCCCCGCGCGCCGGACGCCGCGAUUUUGCCUUCGGUUCCCGGUGAAGUCUGAGGCCCGGCUCCGGAGCCUGCCUGCGCCCCCUAGUGGACUCGCCAGAGGGUGCCGCGGACGCCCGCACUCCGUCCCCCACUGCGAACAAGAGGAGCGCAGGAACCGAGGACUCCGGGGGGGCCGAGGGCUGCAGGGGCUGUUCCCGGAAGCGGAAAGCAGUUCGCGGGGAGAACCCCAUCCUGGGACUGCUCGGGCUCCCCAAGACUUAACGCAGCCCUCCCCACUUCUGGAGAAGUGGGAGGCCUCUGGGCAGAUGGGUGUCCCCUGGUGCCCCUCGACUCUUCUCUUUCUCUCUUUUUUUUGGGGAGAAACCUCGGAAUUUCUAUGAGACCCCCACAGGGAGGGGGUCAGUUGGGCCCCCAUCCCUCCCCCUGCCACACCCCAGUCCCCGUUGGAAUAAAAAAAGAACAAAACCCCAAAA